AUGUUCGUGGUGAAACCAUUGUUCACCAAGUUGAUAAUGACCGGGUUAACCACCAUUUUAGGUUUGGUUUCUGUCUGCGGUAAUGGCCUUGUUACUGCCAUCGUUGUUAGAUUCAAAUCGUUACGAACAGUUCCAAACAUUCUCCUUUUCAACCACGCUCUGGUUGACUUGGUCAAUGCCAUUGUCAGUGUGCCGCUUUACACGACCUACACCGUCUUAGAGGCUAGUUGGUUCCGAGGGAAGACUUUGGCAAUCAUGACGAGUUUCUUCGAUCCAGUUUACAUUGCAAUCAACCUCAGCUCGCUGCUGGCAAUGAUAAUAAAUAUUUUUCUAGCCAUUUCCUAUGACCUAAGGUACAAUGCCUGGAAAAGCAACAAGAAAGCCUUGCUGUGCGUUUUUCUGAUUUGGUUCAUUGGCAUGGUUUUCGUAAUUAUCGUCUCCAUUCCCCUUCUCGACAUAGAUCUUGGAAACGCUCAUGUCACUGAAUACAGAGCGGUAAUCUACGAGCAAGGAAAAUAUUUUGUGGCAUCCUUCAUGGCAUUCUUCAUCAUAUCGGUUGCAAUUCUUGGCUUCUUGACGGCUCGCGCAAUAAAGUCGCAAUGGAAAAAGCUAGCUGAGAUGAACUUAAGCCCUCGUCAAGCCGAAUUUCGUUUGAAACGCGACAUUCGAGCUUGCAAAACCAUUGCCAUAACAAUCGCUACCAACUUCUUCGCUCAUGUUCCCGCCAUCCUUUUCGCAGUGGUGGAUUCAGAAGAAGGCUCAACGGCCGAGGUCUGGUUUGGAUUCUUUGCAAUCUACAGUCUCUAUCUCAGUAGUGCAAUGAACCCGAUUAUUUACUAUUUACGAAACAGUCGACUGCAGUCCGCUCUCAGGCAGUUUCUGAAAGAUCCCCUAGGAUCUAGCGACUUUAGGGAGAACUCCGCAGUCAAAAUCAACGCAAGACCUAGGCAUAAUGAUGACGUCAUAGUUAGAACAGAACACGAGAGAGUAGGGAACACUUAUGCAAUGGAACUCGAUCUGCUUGAGGGCCAAACAAGACGAAACAUUUCAUAUGAUCAGGAAGGUGCAGAGAUCGUUCUUUCAAUCAUAAGAAUGUCGAUAGAGGCUUGGACUCAAACGAAUGGCAACGACACCGAACGCGGGGGCUGUAGAAUGCCACGCCCAGAGGUCCCCUCAACGCUUACCGCAUGCUGGGAAGAACAGGUAGAAAAUGACGGGAAACAAGGAAACUUGGACAAGGAAAGAGGUACAAAAGAUUCUAUCAGGCGAAAGCGAGCUAUCUUCUCCUGUGUGUCCUCACGUGAAACAAAAGUUCAUCCACAAGAUGAACGAUUAUGCACGAUUAUGGCAUAA